GCACCACCAGGCACCAGCGACAGCCGCCGACUCCGCCCCUCCCCCCCCCCCCCUCCAAAUUCCUUAAACCCUAGCAGCGGCGCCGCCACCGCGACGGCGCCGUCGACGACGAGGAGGAGGAGCGCGGGAUAGGGCUCCGGCGACCGCUCUGAGCAUGGCGGCGAGCCAUGGCGCGGGGACGCUCAAGUCCACCUCCAUCAACGGGGUCAAGCUCUACUCGGUCACCGGCAACCGCUACGUCGCCCCCUGGGUUCUCGCCAAGAAGAAGCGCGCGCUCCGCAAGGACAAAGAGUAUCAACGGAGGUUGGAUUUGAUCCAUGACCUGAGGUUCGAGACCGCCACCACCAAGAUCAAGCUCACGCCUGAUGACCAGUACGUGAUCGCCUCAGGUAUCUACCCCCCGCAAGUUAAAGUCUAUGAGUUGAAGGAAUUGUCUAUGAAGUUUGAGAGGCACAUGAUUUCAGAAAUUAUAAAUUUCCAGAUCCUUGGUGAUGACUAUUCCAAACUCGCGUUUUUGUGUGCUGAUCGUUCUGUAAAUCUGCAUGCAAAGUAUGGAAGCCAUUAUAGUUUGAGAAUUCCAAGAAUGGGAAGGGACAUGGCCUACGAUUGCUGGUCUUGCGACUUGCUAUGUGCUGCUUCAUCACCAGAUUUGUACAGAAUCAACUUAGAGCAGGGACGAUUCCUUGCUUCUCUUUCCUCCCAAUCGCCAGCAAUAAAUGCGGUUACACGAAGUAAGGUCCAUGGGCUUGUUGCUUGUGGCGGUGAGGAUGGUGCGGUUGAGUGCUUUGAUAUGAGGAAAAGGUCUUCUGUUGGCAGAAUUAAUAUUCCAGUUGUUUCUUCUGAAGAUUAUGAUCAGGAGGUCACAUCUUUGCAAUUUGAUGAAGAUCAAGGAUACCUUAUGGCUGUAGGGAGCAGCACAGGAAAGAUAUCAAUAUAUGAUUUGCGCAUGUCUUCUCCUCUGCGAGUUAAGGAUCACAUGUACAGUAGUCCAAUAUUAAAUAUCAAGUGGCACCAGACACUUAACUCUACCGAACCUAAACUUAUCACCGCUGAUAAGCACAUAGUGAGAGUUUGGGAUCCUAAUACAGGAAAUAACAUGACUAGCAUUGAACCAGAUGGUGGUGCUAUCAAUGAUGUCUGCAUCUUCCGGAAUAGUGGUUUAUUGUUAAUAGCUCUUGAUAAUAGCCAGAUACCUGCCCACUUUAUUCCUGCACUUGGCCCUGCUCCAAAGUGGUGCUCACAUCUUGAUAACCUAACUGAGGAGAUGGAAGAGAAAUCAGAUAGCACAGUGUAUGAUGAGUACAAGUUUCUGACUAAAGAAGAGAUGGAGCGACUGAAUCUUACUCAAUACAUUGGCAGCAAUGCUGUAAGAGUACAUUUACAUGGAUUUAUCGUGCGUUAUGAACUAUAUAAGAAGCAACGGAGAGAAGUUGAUCCUGUUGAGCAUGAGGCUCUUAUAGAAGAGAUGAAGAAAAAGAAAAUAGAUGCCCAGAGAAAAUCUCGAAUAACGCAAGUUGUCAAGAUACCAAAGGUUAACAGGCAGAUUUUGGACAGUAUUAUUGAAGAGGAAACGAAUGCUGAUAUCGAGAAUGCUGAUAAAUCAAGUAAGAAGAAGAAGGAAAGAAGACUUAAAGGUUAUAAGGAUCUAUUAGAAGAUGAACGGUUCAAAGAAAUGUUUGAGAAUAAGGAUUUCCAAAUUGACGAAGAAUCAAAAGAAUAUCUUGCACUUCAUCCUCAAGCGGCUACAAAGGAGCCACGCUUAAUUGAAGAGCAUUUUGAGAGUGUUAGUGAAGAUGAGAAACAAUCAGAUGCUAGUGCAUCUGAUGCAUCAGGAAUGUCUGACAGUGACAAUGACAUGCAUAAUUCAAAGCGUAUAAGGUUAUACGAAGUCAAGGAUGAACGGCAUGCUGAAGCAUUUCUGAAGAGCGUCUCGUUAUCUAAUGAGGAUGCUGUGCCCCUAGAGGAUAGGAUAGCUGCUCUGGAAAAGAAACAGAACUCCAAAGCACUUGAUGCGGUCAAGUACGGACCUGGUGGUUCAAGAGAGAUCUCAUUCAUCUCAAGAAGCGGAAGAAGGCACAAGGAAGAGUCGCCUAGCGAUGAUGAAGGACCAAAGGAUUUCAAGAGGAGAGGCGUACAAUCCCUGGGGUUGAAGCAGGGCAAAGCUGAGUUCUAUAUGUUUGGUGGAAAUCGUGGCGGAGGAAGGGGUGGCGGUGGCGCCAGAGGGAGAGGUGGUCGUGGUAGAGGCGGCAGGGGUAGGGGCAGGGGCAGGGGCAGAGGAUGAGCUCCGAUUUGGUCUUGAGACGAUUUUGGUAAACGUAGAGACGGGGAUAUUUCCCCUGGAGAUUACUCACACAAGUGUAAAAUGUGCCGAGAUGUUGUAAUCCAUCGCAAGAGUACAAACUGACCGCAUCCUGGUACACGCCAUGACUCGAAAGUGUAUUCCUUUACAAUAGGCAAGAGGUAUAGCAGUGUGUACGGUGCAUCGAAAUUUUGUAGUUAGGGAAGUUUGUAAGAUAAUUUAAUUCCUCUUCUGGUCUAUCUUGUAAUGGAUUUGCCUCGUACUGCACUGUGUUGUGUUUCCUAAA